AUGAAGGAAACAUCUGUGCUGUGUCUGCUCUUUCUGAUCUCACUGCUGAGCUGCACAACAAACCAAGCUCGUCUGACUGUGAGUCCCAGCAGCUCUCAGUUCUUUAAGUUAGACUCUGUGUCUCUGAGCUGUGAGGAGGACGACAGCUCUGCUGGAUGGACUCUGAGGAGAAACACAACUGAAGGACAGAGGACUCAGUGUGGAGAUGGGUGGGGAAAUCCAGCUGGUUCGACUAAUUCUUCCUGUAACAUCAGCUACAUGUACCCACUGGACAGUGGAGUUUACUGGUGUGAGUCCAGAGAGGGUCCCAUCAGUAACAUGGUUAACCUGACAGUCACUGGUGGAUCAGUGAUCCUGCAGAGUCCUGUCCUCCCUGUGAUGGAGGGAGAUGACGUCACUCUGCUCUGUAAAACAAAGACCACUCCCUCCAACCUCCCAGCUGCUUUCUAUAAAGAUGGCUCCCUCAUCAGGAAGCAGCCUACAGGUCACAUGACCAUCCAGCAUGUUUCCAGGUCUGAUGAAGGCCUCUACAAGUGUGACAUCAGCGGUCAUGGAGAGUCUCCAUCCAGCUGGAUCACUGUCACAGACAAACACACCACCACACCUCCACCUACAUCCACACCUCCACCUACAUCCACACCUCCACCUACAUCCACACCUCCACCUACAUCCACACCUCCUCUUGGUUCCCCUCUCAUACCUGUGUUGUCAUCUGUUGGAUCAGUCUGUGUUGUGGUUUUACUGGUGUUACUGGUUCUGCUGGUGAAACGAUGCGUUAACAGGAAACUUGAGGGUGAGACUCAGACUCCCGAAUACAGUGAUCCAGCUACUGUUUACUCAGCAGUGAGAACUGAAGACGUCACUUAUGGACAAAUCAUCAUCAAAGACAAGAAGAAAAAAUCAAAGAUGAGAGGUACAGCUGCUCUUCUGUUGUGGUUCAGUUCAGCCAGGAUCUGA